AUGGGGACCUUUCUCUCCCAACUGCGGGAAACUAAGAAACUGAUAUCAUUUGAUGAUGUGGCUGUGAACUUCACCUGGAAGGAGUGGCAGGAUCUGGAUCCUGGUCAAAGGACCCUUCAUAGAGAUGUAAUGCUGGAGACUUAUAGCAACCUAAUGUCCUUGGGGCACUGUGUUCCUAAACCUAAAUUGAUUGUGAUGCUGGAGCAAGGUGCAGAUCCAUGCAUAAGAGAAGGCUCAGAGAAGAAUUUUACAGAUGCCCAAGAAAUGGAGGAUGUGAUUAGCACCUGUCAGGAAAGUCACAAUAAAUAUCUCUCUGAAGUAGCAGUCAUGAAAAGUAUCACAGGGGAGGAAAAUGUGAGACCUAUAAGAAGUUUUCAUUUGAGCUCAAAACAGAAAAUUGAACUGAUUAAGAAUAAUGAGAACUCCUUAGGCAUGAGGACAGAAAAUGUCACUGGGUGUCAGAACAUGAGUGUUUGCAGUGAACCUGGUAAGAUGUGUGCUGUAUAUAGUCCUCAUCUGUCUUCUGUAGUUGAAGAAUAUAAACAAUGUAAAAGGUCUUUCACUGAGAAGACGCACCCUAUUGUCCCUCAGAGAACACACACAGGAAAGAAAGCAUAUGAAAGUAAAAUGUGUGGAAAGAUUUUCACCAGUAAGGCAUACCUUAAUGUCCACCAGAGACGACACACAAAUGCGAAACCUUUUGAAUGUAACAUGUGUGAAAUGUCUUUUACCUCGAAGUCAAACCUUACUCUUCAUCAGAGAAUACACACAGGAAAGAAACCUUAUGAAUGUCACAUUUGUGGAAAGUCUUUCACCUGCAAGGAAAAUCUUACUGAUCACCAGAGAACACACACAGGAGAGAAACCUUAUGAACGUAACAUGUGUGAUUCUUUCACCAAGAAGUCAACUCUCACUGUCCACCAUAGAACACACACAGGAAGGAAACCUUAUGAAUGUAACGUGUGUGGAAAGUCUUUCACCCAGAAGCUACACUUAACUGUCCACCAGAGAAUGCACACAGGAGAGAAACCUUAUGAAUGUAACAUGUGUGGAAAGUUUUUCACCACGAAGUCAAACCUUACUGUCCACCAGAGAACACACACAGGAAAGAAACCUUGUGAGUGUAAAAUGUGUGGAAAGUCUUUCAUCCAGAAUUCACAACUUACUCUCCACCAGAGAAGACACACAGGAAAGAAACCUUAUGAAUGUAAUAUGUGUGGAGAAACCUUUUGA